GUGAAUAAGAACUGUCAAGUAGUGUGUAUAUUAUAAUACAAACAGUUUCAACUUAUUUCAUAAACAUGUACUAUGUUUGUGUUUAAAUUAACUUAAGUUGUGUAAUGAAUGCUUUUUUAAAAUAGGACAUAUCUUAUGAGACUUGAUUUUCUACUGUUUUAAGAUUUCGUUUAACAUGUCUUCACAUCACAGAAGAGAUUACAGACGUCAACCCUCCAGUAAUUUUACAUAUGUUAGUCCAUGUGUGAAAUAUCUAAUUUUUAUUUUAAAUUUUGUGUUUUGGUUAUUUGGAGGUCUUCUCAUUGGAAUUGGUCUGUAUGCUUUUGUGGAUAAGUGGCAAUUAACAGGAUGGGUAAAACUUGAAAAUGUUUAUGAUGUUAUUUUAAAUAUUUCUUUAGUAAUGGUCAUAAUGGGGGCUGUAGUUUUCAUUGUCAGUUUUGCAGGAUGUGUAGGAGCUCUAAGAGAAAAUACAUGUUUGCUUAAAUUUUACUCUUUAUGUCUAUUAAUUUUCUUUCUUCUUGAAAUGGGAAUUGCAAUUCUUGGCUUUGUUUUUCCACAUUCAAUGCAAUCACUUUUAGAGGAAAAUUUUACUGAUAAAAUUAUUCAUACAUAUCGAGAUGAUCCAGAUUUGCAAAAUUUCAUAGACUUUGCACAACAGAAGUUUCGUUGCUGUGGUUUAAGUUCAGAAGGAUACAUAGAUUGGUCAAAAAAUGAAUACUUUAACUGCAGUUCUCCUAGUGUAGAACAUUGUGGGGUACCAUUUUCUUGUUGCAUUAACGCUACUGAUCUCAGUUCUCGGCUUGUCAAUAUUAUGUGUGGUUAUGGAGUUCAGAAUUUAUCGGUUGCCGAAGCCAGCAAGAGGGUAUGGACUUCUGGUUGCAUUGAAAUAGUUCGAUCAUGGGCAGAAAGAAAUCUAUACACAAUUGCUGGGAUAGCCUUAGGGGUAGCAUUGUCCCAAUUAUUUGUGAUAUAUCUAGCUAAGACAUUGGAAGGACAAAUAGAUCUACAAAAAUCUAGGUGGGCUAGUUGAAAUAUAGGGUAUAUCUGUAAAUAUGACGUCCUGCCAUUUUAACUUGUUCAUCGUACUGUUUGUAUCGUCUAACCUAUUGUAAUGUGUUUUUUAACCCAUAACUGUUGUAAUGAAAUACAUGUUUGUUUACUCGAAUUGUGUAUAUAGCGUGACAGUUUCAUUGAUAUUUGUGUUUCAUGUAUUUUUAAUUUUUUUACCUACCGCCAUAAUAGCUUGGGUGCGAAAUACUUUCUGAAUUGUUUAUGUGAAUUGUGAGAUAAUGUAUAUAUCAUAGUCAUAAUGCACAUUUACACUUUUAACUUUUUUGUACUAGAAUCUCUACUAACAUUUAUCGAUAUUAGUAUAAUCUAAUCUAGAUAUUUCUAUAUUUAAAUACGAUUUUACCCUAAUGUAAUAAGUAUUUUACACGUUUUGUGACUAUAUGAAUAUAUUCUCUACUCCA